AUGCUACAACAACAACGAUUCUUUGCCCUAAAAUUUGAAGAUGACAUGAGUGUCGCGGACUUCAUCUCCAAAGUGCAGGAGCAGCAGCAGACCUUGAAACGACUGGGAGAAGCGGUAACCGACAGGAUGGCUAUGUCGAAGAUCAUCAUGUCACUUCCACUGAAGUAUGCUCACUUUGUUAGUGCUUGGGAAUCGUGUGCAGAAGAAAAACAGACUCUGGACAACUUAACGGCACGGCUCUUGGUAGAAGAAGAACGGCAAGUGUAUGUGGUAUGCAAUGGUUUUCAUGUUAGUAUGACAAAUGACAAGUGUGUAUUUUCAAAGAAUAAUAGAGUGUGUGCUAUUGCUAAUAAGGAAUCAUGUUCGAAGCUGUAUGUAAUCGAUUUUAAGUCAGAGUCUUUGCAGGCUAAUGUAGCUAAAGUUGAGUUAAGUGAGUGGCAUGAGAGAUGCCUAAGUGCGGAAAAAGCCGCGUCAGAAGAAGAAGAAGAAGUUACGUUUGUGAAGAAACAUGAUAAACCUGAAAGAGAAGAGCAGGAAGAAAAGUGUAUAUAUUUAGAUAUAGAAGAAAACCUGAACAAUGAAGAAUACCAGUCUGAGUCGGAUACUGAAGGAAGUGUCGAAUUCGAGGAUUGUCAGGUAAAUGACAAUAUGAUGCAAGAAGUGGAAUUUCUAGAAGAGGAAAUUUUAGAGCAUGAAGAAAUUCAAGAAGUAAAUGAAAGUAUGCCAGUAAAUUCAGAAAAUACUAGAAGAACACACUCUAGAAAAUCACCUAACUGGUUUCAUGACUAUGAAGUCGGUUUUAUAAGCGUGCAUAAUGAACCUAGUACUUUAAAAGAAGCCAUGGAAUGCGAAGACAAAGAAAAUUGGAUAGAAGCUAUGAACAGAGAAAUAACUACAUUGAAA